AUGGCUGAAACCCCAAAGAACCUCGUUGGAAACGGGCUAGACCAUGAAGAAAGCAUAGCCAAAGGCACCAAUAAUGCGCCUGUGGUGCCUGCAGAGUCCCGUGAGAACAGUAACCAAAUCGUCGUUGCUGCUGAGGAUGUCCCUGAGAGCUCCACCGCAGAUGGGCGUUCAAACAAGGCAGCGGCGGCGGCAGCGGCAGCAGUUGUUGUUCCAGGGAAUGACGAUCCCGUUGUCCCAAAAGAGAUCGUCCCUCCAUCGAAUGAGAUGCCAUGGAGGACGGAUGGUGAGGGCCUGAACUUGGACGAAACAUGGGCCAUAGCCACGGCCAUGAACCGUAGGAAGCACAUGGAGGAUUUCGUGUGCGUCAAGCCGGGGUUCAUCGCCGGUAAUUGCAACGCGUUCGGCGAAUGCAGCGCGCCGCCAAAAAAGCGCGCGCACCACAGGCCGGAUGCUUGGUACUUUGGACUGUUCGACGGGCAUGGCGGCUCCGAGGUACGGUUGAUCAGAAAUACAAAAUCAAAAAGUAUAGGCAAAAAUGGAGACCUUAGGAAGAAAAAGAACCUUCUUCCCGUCGAUCGGGAGUCGGAGAUCGGAGAGAGGAAUCGCGAUGAAGGGGACGAGAACGGCGGAAGCCGAACCGCCUCGAAAUUCCGGUCGCCGGAAAGCGCCGAGCGAUCCGAGCAGGCGAGUAACUAUUGUGCGGAUCACCUGCAUGACAUUUUAGCACAAGAAUGGAAAGAAGCUGUUGAUAAAGAUGGUUGGAAGCAUAGGUGGGAGGCAGCAAUUUUAAGGGCUUACGAGAGGGCUGAUGAUGCUUUCAAAGAUGGCACCAAUACCCUGGAAAGGGCUGGUUCAACAGCCGUGGUCGUUGUUUUGUCUGAUUGCCAGAUUAUUGUUGGCAACUGUGGGGAUUCCAGGGCUGUGCUGUGUCGUGGGAAUGAAGCCAUUCCUUUGACUGUUGACCACAAGCCUAAUAGGGAAGAUGAGCUGAAGCGGAUCACCAAUGCAGGAGGCAAAGUUCUGUACACUGACUGUGAGAGAGUACAGGGAAUUCUUUCUAUGACAAGAGCAAUAGGUGAUCGCUUUCUAAAGCCCUGGGUAAUCUCAGUACCUGAGGUUACUUUCACUACUCGAUCUGAAGACGAUGAAUUUCUUAUUAUGGCAAGUGAUGGGCUAUGGGAUGUCAUGACCAGUGAGGAGGCGGUUACAUUUGCAAGACUGGCACGCAGGAGGCUGCAAAAUUUGGCAAUUAUAGGUUACGAUCGUCUUGCAAAAGUUGUUGCUAACUGUCUCCUUGCAAGAGCUAUUAAGAAAGGGAGCUGUGACAACAUUUCUGUCAUAUUUAUCGACCUCAGUGUGCCCAGGAGAAGGAAGAAGCCACACAGAGAACCAGAAGCAAAUCAAACUUGAGUAAAAUAGAAAUCAGGUGCUCCUCAUAAGCAUUGUUUAAUGACAAUAGAACUAUUAUCUUUGCAAGCCAUUGCUGCAGAAACAUGUGGUUCCUUUUGUGUCCUAGUUAAUAGUGCAGUGCUAAUUACUGAUCGAGGAUCUUGCUUUUCUAAAUAUGAGGACGAUUCCAUUUGUGUUUUCUUGCA